AAGAAGAUCCAAUCGCGAUCCAGGUAUUAUAUUACACAUUCAUUAAUGCAAUGGGUCACCAUUCGUGCUGCAACCAACAGAAGGUUAAGAGAGGCCUUUGGUCCCCUGAGGAAGACGAGAAACUCAUUCGUUACAUUACCACUCAUGGCUAUGGCUGUUGGAGUGAAGUCCCUGAGAAAGCUGGGCUUCAAAGGUGUGGAAAGAGUUGUAGGCUGAGAUGGAUUAAUUAUUUGAGGCCUGAUAUUAGAAGAGGCAGGUUUACACCAGAGGAGGAGAAGUUAAUCAUAAGUCUCCAUGGUGUCGUAGGCAAUAGAUGGGCGCACAUUGCAAGCCACUUGCCUGGUAGAACUGACAAUGAAAUAAAGAACUACUGGAAUUCGUGGAUCAAGAAGAAGAUAAGAAAGCCUUCUUCAGCGGCAACAAAUAAUGCAUCUUCACAAACUAGUGUGGAUCAUUCUUCUCACUUCAGCUAUAAUAAUUAUACUAAUUCCAAUCAACUACUAGAUCAUCAUCAAGAUAAUCUAACACCAAAGCAACCACUUCAUCAAGAAUCCUUGUUCUCUUCAACAUACCCACUAUUUAUGUUUGACACUAGUUCACUAGAUGGGACCACAACAGACAACAGUUUACGAGUUGAUCAAAUAUUCCAAGAUGCUAAUGUUGGUUUGAGUUCUGAAACAUGGAACUUGAGCCACCACCAGAACCCAGUUCAAGCACUUGCUGCUCCUCCAUCAACAACUUUCGCAGUUGCUGUGGGAUUGGACACAACCAACUAUCUGCCGCCAUUGAUAGAGAACGUGGAGAGCAUGGUACCGGUUGAGGUGCAAUCUUGUAGCAUGGAGGAGGUAGGAGAUGGGGCUCUAGACUGCUUGCAAUUGCAGAGGCAACAAGAUCAGUUGAAUGCAUGGGUUGAAUCCACACACCAACAAUGUCCUAACUUUCUCUUUUGGGACAAUGUUGAAGGCCCAAUUGGUGGGGAACAAGAACUUGCACCAAAUUCUUCAUCAAAUAAAACUAGUGCUCUUUCUCCUUUUCCUUUGUGAGAGAAGGUUCUGAUGUGUCCCUACAUGCAUACUCUCUUUUUUCCUUUUUUCUAAAUGACUUCUCUAACUUGGGUGAAAUUCCAGGCCAGGCUUUCUGAAACUUUGCAGAGAUUGCUCCCUUUUUUCUUUCUUUGAUUUUUGAUUGCUGAUUUGUAAAGAUUGUGGAACGCGAGUGAACGAGUGAGUGAAUGUGAUAUAUGUAUACAUUAUAUUUACAAAAUGUGUGUAAUUUUAUUAUUAUUGGGGUGUUUUUUAGUGGGAAAAGGGAAAGUGAUGGAAAUAAUAAAGGCUAUUAUUGCAAGUAUAGCUAGCAGCAAAGUUUGAUUUUGAAUGGGGGAUUAUAAAGCAAAGCAGCUUCAAUUUGCAAUAUAUUUGACUGUACAAAAGGAGGUUUUUGAAUGAUGAGAAUGAUAAUAAUGGAUACAUUAUUGUAUUAUUAUAUAUGUUCCAUUUAUGUA